AUGGAUCUCCACGAGGCAAGGCAGGAUUUGAUUCUGUGUAUGUACUCUGAUUACAUAAAUCACUCUAAUCCCAGUAUAAUUACCUGUUUGCUUCCAGGCAGAAACCCCGCUCCUGAGCAGAUCCACAUUACCUCGCUACCUCCCAGUAUUCCCACAGACCAGGAGCCAGAGCAAGCUGAAGGACAAGCGGAUGAUGUGGUUGAAGAGAAAGGGGUGAUCCAGACCACAUACAGUCACAGAGUACACGCCACACCCUCGGUCUUCCAACAGAAUCACAAUGAUGAGCCUGUUUCCAGCAGUUACUUGGAUGAGAAAGUCCCUGUCCCUGAGGAGGACGGCAAGAGGUGCAUAAGUCUCCGUAAGCUCUGGGCCUUCACCGGCCCGGGGUUUCUGAUGAGCAUAGCCUACCUGGAUCCAGGUAACAUCGAGUCUGACCUGCAGUCAGGUGCCAAAGCUGGCUUCAAGCUGCUCUGGGUGCUGCUGGGUGCCACCAUCGUCGGCCUGCUGCUGCAGAGGCUGGCGGCUCGGCUGGGCGUGGUCACCGGGAUGCACCUGGCUGAAGUCUGCAACCGCCAGUACCACACUGUGCCUCGUAUCAUCCUGUGGGUGAUGGUGGAGCUGGCGAUCAUCGGCUCAGACAUGCAGGAGGUCAUCGGCUGCGCCAUCGCGUUCAACCUCCUCUCCUCUGGCAGGAUCCCCUUAUGGGGGGGUGUCCUCAUCACCAUCACUGACACGUUUGUCUUCCUCUUCUUGGACAAGUACGGUCUGAGAAAGCUGGAAGCCUUUUUUGGUUUCCUCAUUACAAUCAUGGGGAUCACAUUUGGAUAUGAGUAUGUAACAGUGGGUCCAGACCAAGGCCAGCUGCUGAAGGGGAUGUUUGUGCCGCACUGCGAGGGCUGCGGACCCGUCCAGCUGACUCAGGCCGUCGGCAUCGUGGGCGCCGUCAUCAUGCCUCACAACAUUUACCUCCACUCUGCUCUCGUCAAGUCUCGAGAAGUGGAUCGGUCCAACAAAAAAGAGGUAAAAGAGGGAGUGGUGCUCGGCUGUUUCUUUGGCCCAGCUGCUCUCUACAUAUGGGCCGUGGGGAUCCUUGCAGCUGGUCAGAGCUCCACCAUGACUGGAACAUACUCCGGCCAGUUUGUCAUGGAGGGCUUCUUAAACUUGCGCUGGUCACGUUUCGCUCGGGUGUUGCUGACCCGCACGCUUGCCAUCACGCCCACCCUGCUCGUGGCCAUCUUCCAGGACGUGCAGCACCUGACGGGCAUGAACGACUUCCUGAACGUGCUGCAGAGCAUGCAGCUGCCAUUCGCCCUCAUUCCCAUCCUCACGUUUACCAGUUUGCCAUCUCUCAUGAACGAGUUUGCCAAUGGACUGGUAUUUAAGAUAGGAGGCGGAGUGGUGAUCUUGAUCGUGUGUGCCAUCAACAUGUACUUCGUUGUAGUCUACGUGAGCAUGCUGGGCAGCGUGUGGCUGUACGUGCUGUCGGCUUUCCUGUCCAUAGCAUACCUGGUGUUUGUGGGAUACUUGGCGGACCCACCGAGGGAAGAAGAAGAAGAAGAGGCGGCGGACGGGAGAAUAAUAAAGAAAGCCAGGAACAAGAUAAAUCCUACUCACAUCGAGGAUCGUAACUGA